AUGGAUUUGGUGUGUCUACGCCUGCACCAAGUCGAUGUGAUUCUUGGAAUGAAUUGGUUGGAGUUCAACUACAUUCAUAUCAAGUGCUAUAAUAAGAUAUUGAGGUUUCUGAAGUUUGGUGAUGGUGGAGAACUGAUGACGUUGACUGCUAAGCAAGUGAGUGAAUGCCUUAGAGAUGAAGCUGUGAUGUUUGUAAUGUUUGUGUCGUUGCAGAGUGGCUGUGAGGCUACAAGUGUCGAGCUUCCUGUUGUGUGUGAAUUUCCGGAGGUGUUUCCAGAUGAAGUAAGUGAUUUUCCUCCAGAACAUGAAGUAAAGUUUUCUAUAGAACUGGUGCCGGGUACGAGUCCAGUGUCGAUGGCUCCUUAUAAAAUGUCGGCUUCUGAGCUGAAUGAAUUGAAGAAGCAAUUGGAAGAGAUGCUCGAAAAGAAGUUUGUUUGA